CCAAUAACUAGUUUCUUAACUAGUGAUUUUUAUAACUAGUUAUUUUCACAACGUUCUGAAGCAAACGUGAUAAUUGUAACGUAAAAUCGUUUGGUUAGGUAGCAGUAUAACUUAAUUCUUCUUCACGCACACGUAUUGUAAAACCAGUGAUUUUGCGUGAGUAGUGAAAGUAGCCAAACAUCGACGCUAUGCCUAAAACAUAAGAGUGAAUUCGAUUUAACUUUAUGGCGUUGUGAUUAAAAGAGUUAUUGAAGACUGAUGCCUAUUUCGAUCGUUUAAAUGGCGUUAUGAAUAUCACUAGUUUUUGUUGUAGUGGAAAACGAGUGAUCACUGUUCGAGCUCGUAACUGCAUAUAUAACCAGUUAUGGUUAAUAACGCCCAUCGCUAUUCACGAAAUAACAAACAAGACAAACUACAGCAGUAUUGUUUAAUUGAGUUUAAAUUCUUGCUAGAAACUGAGUGCAUUUCACUGGCAACAUGUCAUUACGUACUAAAGUACAUAUAGCGAUAAGUGCAAUUGGUGCACUGUUAGGACUUUCGGCGUUUAUAUGUUUUUGCAUUGUUUAUGCGAAUGUUGAAGCAGGAAUGUGGGCGUUGAUGUCCGGAAUUCAUGCUUCAUUGGCUUUGAUGCUGCAUUGCCACUACCUGAAGGAGUCUCUGCAUGUAAACUUCUCGCGGAAGGCUCUACAGUACAUCGGCGACUUUGGAAUUGUUGGCUUUGUCUCCGGUCUGGCUUUGACACUCUUUUAUUUGUUCCUCGAGAUCUACUACAAGGCUUCGGUGCUGCCGAUCCAAACGAGCAUCAUCAUCAGGCUGGUGUGGUCAUUCAUGAUGAUGAAAUGGGGCUUCCUCCUGUACUCCACAACCAGGACUUACCUCCGCACAUACAAUGACCAUCAGCUCUUCUCUGAAAACCCCAACAUUGAGGAGACGUAAUUUAUUUGAUUAUAUUUAUUCUUUAAUUAUAAUUGUGCAAAUUGGAUGACAGCGACAGUGCGAGCGGCGUGCGCAAGUGGGCCUGAUUCCUGCAGA